GUGUCAAAUCCGUCAAAAACAAUUUUUACGGUAAUGUGAAAUGUAAUUCGUUUUUGUAACAUAAAUAAAAGUAUAGUUGAUAUUGAAUAUUGACUAAAUUCAUAAUGAAUUUUAGCGGCACAUUAAGAAUUAAUAAAUUCGCAUGUUUUACAUUACUGUUUAUAUUGUUUGUCAUUAUUUACUGGAAAUCGAACGGCGGGGCAUAUCCCACUGAAAAAAGUGAAAUUAUUAAUUUAAAAACAUUACUAAAAGCUGCAAUCCAUGCGGCAGAAUACGGAGGGAGUAAAGUAGUGGAGGGUACGAAUCGGGAUUUGAAUAUUAAGAGCAAAGGGAAGACGAAAGAAGGUGUAAACGACCCAGUGACGGACGCGGAUCAAGCAUCGCAUUGUGUUAUGUUUUACGGUUUAAGUAAGACAUUUCCUAAAUUGAAGAUAGUGUCUGAGGAGCACUCUAAAAAUGAUCCUAAAUGUGAAGACCAGGAACCGUUCAAUACGGACACACCACCCCCAGAACAUCGUAUGAUCGAAGAUAUGAACAACGAGCUCGUAUUUGCCAAAGAUAUUACAAUAUGGAUAGAUCCUUUAGACGCUACUAAGGAAUAUACAGAGGGUCUAUAUCAAUAUGUGACUACAAUGGUCUGUAUAGCUUACAAAGGAAUCCCAAUAAUUGGAGUAAUUCAUUAUCCAUUCCCACGGGAAAAUCCUCAGACUUACUGGGGCUGGCUUGCAAAGAGGACAUCAAGUAAUGUGGCCAAUGUUGUUCAUAGAGAAGAAAAUAAAAAGAAUCCAAGAGUAGUUGUGUCAAUUUCCCAUCAAGGGAAAGUGUCUGAUAUGGCUAAAGAAGCAUUUGGUUCUGGGACAACUGUAAAUAAUGCAGCCGGUGCUGGUUACAAGGUUAUGGGUGUUGUGAAUGGUACUUACGAUGUAUAUCUUCACACUACAGCUAUAAAGAAAUGGGACUUAUGUGCGGGUGACGCUAUUAUAAGAACAGUAGAUGGUAAAAUGACAACCGCUAAAGGUGAUAAUAUUGAUUAUUCUCCGGAAGCAGAUGUCAAAGUGACUGAAGGUGUUGUUGUAACAAGGUAUGAUCAUGACUAUUAUUUAAGUAAGAUAUCAAAAAAGUUUAAUAAGAAACCUUAAUCUGCAUUAAAAAGUUAAUAACUACUUGAUUGUUGAAAUAAAUCUUUAAUGAAGUUAAUGUUGUGCCAUUACUAACUAGAAACUUCUAAAAUCUCUUGGAAUGGUAGAAAAAAACAUAGACAAAUUGAGAACCUCUUUUUGAGUGUGUUGAAAUUAAUGGCAGCAUGUCAGUUACUGGUGAAAGAGAAUUCAAUCAAGUUCAUUUUGUAUUUAUAAUACAAGUUUUUUAUAAUUUGUAUUUAUACAUUUAAUCCUUAAAUGUGCACUGUUGUAUACAUACAACAUAAAAAAAUUGGAUGCUUUUUUUUUAAUUUUUUCUCCUUUACCGAUUUAAAUAUGAUUUUUUCGAUAUGUUUCGAAAAACCACACAUUAAGUGUUAAGUAAAUGACAUAGUGAAUGAAUGAUAUAUGAAUUAAGUUUUUAACUUGUAUUCCAUUCUUGCUAUUUUUUUUUUAAUCUGCAUUUUAGCACAAAGCUAGAAUUGCAGAUUUUAUUAAAUUCUUCAAAUAUUUUUAUGUCUUAUGACAUUUUACAUUAAAGCUAUUGCUGUAUUUUAAUAAAUUGCAUUUUUGUAUAAACAACAAUUAUUGUACAGUCAACUGCAUUAAAAUGUGUAUUUACAAAACUGUAGAAACUCAUAUCCAUGUAUUUGUCUCAUAUCUUAUUCAUAUUUGGGAACAUAUGGAGAUAAAUGCAUAUUCUUGAUACCAAGCUAGUCUUGGGUAGUACACAUACGAUGUACUAAAAAGUAAUGUUACUCGGCACUGUACUAAUAGUAACGUUACCGAACGACUUCUGUUAAUCGGACAUUUAGUACUUUUAGUACACUACACGAUAUCGGUGUUCGCUUCUUCGUUGUUUGAUUUGAUUGUAUAUUUGCUAGAUUGAAGCAUACACUUUCGGUAAUAAAAAUCAAAAAUGGAUUAAAUUACUUACAACUUAAAUUUAUUUUCGCUACUAACAUAUGUUUGACUGCUUAAAAUUUGAUGUGAAGUAAUCUAUAACCCUCGUUAUUUUAUAUUCAUGUAUUGUGUUCUCACAACUCCGAAGUACUAAAGGUACUAAAUGUGUGUACUAGUACGUUUUCCGAAUUGUACUAGUACGGUGCGCACUUACAGAUGUCCGAUAAAGCCCAAGACUAUACCAAGCAUGUCCACGUGUCUGAUGGUUUGUAACUGUAUACAUAUUUGUGCAGCUGACUGUACUCUAUGGCAGUCAAUUCAGUUUUAUACUCUGUGUCAUCUGGCAUAGACAAAUGGUUACUUUUUACCCCUACUUUUUCUAUAACCCUUGUAUUAUUUGUUUUUUACAUAUAUAUCUGUUGAAACAAGGUUAUUUUUUACAUUUGAAUCAAUUAUUGUUUUUUUUA